GCAUCAGGUACUGGAUGCAGAGAUGUAUCUGUUCCUAAUACACAGUGUUCAACUGCAGUUUUAGAGUACGAGAUAGUCCCGCCAAUUUUAGCUCGUUACGUCAACUUACGAAAAAUUCACGGAGGACGCAUAUUACGGUUGUGUGAAAUGAUCGUGAGAGGCUUCACGUAUCCAUACAAUGUGGCUAUGGGAAAAACAGCGGAACAAAUCAGUGAAGUUGCAGGAGCAGUGGCAAGUCGUGCUAUAGACGGAAAUGUUACCGCAUAUUUCAGUGCUGGGUCAUGUACUCACACAGACGUAACAUCAUACCCCUGGUGGCGGGUGGACCUGGGUCAGGAGUAUGUGAUUUACAGUGUUACGUUAUUUAACAGAGGUGAUGGUGGCGACUCCGGAAAAUACUUAAAAAAUGUAAAAGUAGAGAUACGUAACAGCACAUAUUCAAACAACAAAUACCUAUGUGCCACGCAUGUUCCCCAAGUGCCCCGUGGUGGAAGUAUAGAAUUGUCAUGCCAAGUGCCGUAUAUUGGCCAAGACGUGAUUGUCCAGCUGCAGCACAUGGCCCCAUUGAUACUCUGUGAAGUGACUGUCAAAGGGUUCAAAUAUGAAGAGUGCACAAAUGAAAAACUUGGUCCUGAAUGCAAAAACCGCUGUAACUGUAGAGAUACCAAUGAACAGUGUCAUCCUGUGUAUGGAGUCUGUACAUCUGGCUGUGCUGAAGGCUGGCAGGGACAUAAUGGGACAUGUCAAGUCGACACAUCAUCAUUUCCGUAUCUAACCACAGCGCCGGAUGUGACAUCUAGGACAGGAGAUUCACUCACCAUAAGUUGGCAAAAGUGGUCACCCCUGACGGGUUCUGGGGUUGGUAGUGUUCACAGCUACGUCAUUCGAGUAUGGCGGGGGGGAAAUCUACUUAGGAGAGUAACAGUGUCACCGGAAGACCACACAGCCAGUGUGGAUAAUCUUUCUAAAUACACGGAGUACAAUAUAACCGUAACUAUAACUAAUGUUGCAGGAUAUUAUGGCUUUUCCAGCCCAGUAACCACUGCAAGGACAUGUGGAGGUAAAAUGAAUACGAUUUAAUCGCGAUUUGUGUUACUUUAUUUUGCAAUCGACUGGGUCACAUUUAAUACCCUUAACAAAAUAACAUAAUUAUAAUAUAAUAUAAUUAUUUAUAGAUUUCCUAUUUCCCAACUGUUCUGCUUAAAAUCAAUUUUCCACAUUCCAGAACCUGCGGCACCACCUGUACCAAGCGUCCGUUCACUUCUUGCCUCAACAAAAACAUCUGCUUACGCAGAGGUAAACA